UCUCUCUCUACUCCACACUCGACUCCUCUCCCUCCCUCUCUCUCUCUCUCUCUCUCUCUCUCUCUCUCCCCCAUAUCUAGGGUUUGCAAAAGUUCGGAGAAGAGACCACCUCCCUCCCCUUUCUAUGUUGAAGAGCUCGAGGUUUGGUGAGUUUCCCUGAUGGAUUGAGGGUUGGAUUUGGCGGAGACGGGGGGCAAUGGAAGUGGACGAGCACCAUGAGGUCGUUCUCGCGUGCAGUGUGUGCGGUGCUCUGUUCUCUGUCCUCGGUCCUCUCAGUUUCUGGGUUCUAUGGGCUGUGAAUUGGCGGCCGUGGAGGAUAUAUAGUUGGAUAUAUGCAAGGAAAUGGCCAGAGAUUAUACAAGGGUUUCACUUAAGUGCAAUAUGCAGUUUGCUGUGUCUGUUUGCAUGGGUUGUCGUCCUUUCUCCAAUUGUUGUUCUAAUAGCAUGGGGAAGUUUUCUCAUUGCACUUUUGGACCGAAAUAUUAUUGGUUUGGCUGUGAUAAUGGCUGGCACUGCUCUGUUGCUAGCUUUCUAUUCGAUAAUGCUUUGGUGGAGGACACAAUGGCAAAGCUCAAGGGCUGUUGCUUACCUUCUUCUCUUUGCAGUAGCUCUACUUUGUGCAUAUGAACUCUGUGCUGUUUAUGUGACAGCUGGCGCAAGUGCCGCCGAGCGUUAUUCAGCAUCAGGAUUUUUCUUUGGCGUAUCUGCCAUAGCAUUGGCCAUUAACAUGCUAUUCAUAUGCAAAAUUGUCUUCAAUGGAAACGGGUUUGAUGUUGAUGAAUAUGUGCGGAGGUCAUACAAAUUUGCAUACUCUGAUUGUGUUGAAGUGGGUCCUGUCUCGUGUUUACCCGAUCCACCGGAUCCAAAUGAUUUAUAUAUUAGAAAAUCCAAGAGGGCUUUACAUCUAGGACUUCUCUACCUUGGAUCACUGCUUUUUCUUGUUAUGUACUCCAUCUUGUAUGGGUUGACGGCAAAAGAAGCACAUUGGUUGGGGGCGAUUACUUCAAUUGCAGUUGUCAUUCUUGACUGGAAUAUUGGCUCGUGCAUGUUUGGAUUUGAGUUACUUAAAAGUCGCGUGUUGGCACUGUUUGUGGCUGGAACAUCCAGGCUCUUCCUUAUCUGCUUUGGAGUGCACUAUUGGUACCUUGGACAUUGCAUUAGCUAUGCAUUCGUAUCAUCUGUGCUAUUAGCUGCUGCUGUUUCCCGUCGGCUUUCUAUUUUGAACCCCUCUGUUGCAAGGAGAGAUGCUUUAAGAAGCACCGUUAUAAGACUUCGUGAAGGAUUCAGGCGGAAAGGGCAAAAUAGCUCUUCAAGCUCAUCUGAUGGCUGUGGAUCUAGUGUUAAACGAAGUAGUGGCAGCGUCGAAGCAGUUCAAAAUGGUAACCCCAAUGAGUCUAUGUGUAGAAACAACUCCCAAUCUAUCAGUGAUGGAAAUAACUGGAUGCUUUUUGCUCGAUCCAAUAGUUGCCAAGAGGGUAAUGUAGAUAGUGGGCGAGCAAGUUUGGCCCAUCGUAGUAAUUCGUGCCGAUCGAUUAUUCAAGAGUCUGAAAUGGUGAACAGUUCGCUAGUUGUUUGCUCUAGUAGUGGAUUAGAGAGCCAAGGUUGCGAGUCCAGUGGGUCAAUCGCAAAUUCAAAUCAGCAGCUUUUGGACUUGAAUCUAGCCGCCAUUUUCGAGGAUAGGCUGAAUGAUCCAAGAAUCACAUCUAUGCUGAAAAGGAAACUUCAUGGAGAUCGUGAAUUAAUCAAUCUACUCGAAGAUAAAGGACUAGACCCAAAUUUUGCUUUCAUGUUGAAGGAGAAGGGGUUGGAUCCGAGGAUUCUAGCUUUGUUGCAGAGAAGCAGUUUAGAUGCAGAUAGAGAUCAUGCAGAGGCUGCGGAUGUUGCUGCCACUGAUUCUGGUAGGGUCGAUACCACUAUCCCGAACAUUUUAUCCCUAUCGGAAGAAUUGAGGCGGCGCGGGUUGGAUAGAUGGCUUAAUCUUUCUAGGCGUAUAUUGCACCUUAUAGCUGGUACGCCGGAACGUGCAUGGAUUCUUUUCAGCUUAGUUUUUAUCGUAGAGACAGUAAUAAUGGCCAUCUUUCGUCCCAAGCCAGUUAAGUUGAUAAAUGCAACACAUGAGCAGUUUGAAUUUGGUUUUUCGGUACUUCUUCUUUCUCCUGUUGUUUGUUCUGUUAUGGCGUUCCUUCAAUCCCUCCGAGCAGAAGAAAUGGCCAUGACAUCCAGACCCCGGAAGUAUGGUUUCAUCGCGUGGAUUUUGACUACAUGUGUUGGUUUGCUUCUGUCUUUCUUGAGCAAAUCCUCGGUUAUUCUGGGCUUGGCAUUGACUGUCCCAGUUAUGGUGGCUUGCCUUGCAUUUGGUAUACCAAUAUGGAUACGUAAUGGCUACCGUUUCUGGAUUUCAGCAGGAGAGCUUGAAAGUCGUGAAAGUGUUCGGGACGUUCCUACCAGGAAGGAGCGUAUUCUCCUUGCACUCAGUAUUUCACUAUUCGCUGGAUCGGUCAUAGCUCUCGGUGCAAUAGUAUCAGCCAAGCCUUUAGAUGACUUAGGAUACCGAGGAUGGGAUGGUGACAAAAAGAGCUUCUACUCUCCUUAUGCAACAUCUAUGUAUCUCGGGUGGGCACUGACGUCAGCAAUUGCUUUGCUAUUCACUGCUGGCCUUCCCAUUAUGGCUUGGUUUGCCACAUACCGAUUUUCGCUUUCAUCAGCUAUAUGUGUUGGCGUCUUUGCUCUCGUUCUUGUUUCUUCCUGUGGAGCAUCAUACUGGGGUGUGGUAAAUUCUCGAGCGGACAAAGUUCCAUUGAAGGCUGAUUUCCUUGCAGCACUGCUUCCUCUUAUUUGUAUUCCUGCAGUUUUGUCGCUGUUUACUGGAUUAUACAAAUGGAAAGAUGAUGAUUGGAAACUUUCUUGUGGAGUAUAUGUCUUUGUUGGCAUUGGAAUUCUGUUGUUGCUUGGUGGAAUAUCAGCGAUUAUAGUUACUAUUCGGCCUUGGACCGUUGGUGUUGCACUCCUCUUGAUUGUUCUUCUUCUUGUAUUUGUUGUCGGUGUUAUUCAGUAUUGGGCUUCUAACAGUUUCUAUUUGACAAGAACACAAAUGUUGCUUGUUUGCUUUCUUGCUUUUCUUCUUGCCUUGGCGGCAUUUCUGUUGGGUUUGUUUGAAGGAAAACCAUUUGUCGGUGCAUCUGUGGGAUACUUCUCUUUUCUGUUUCUUCUCGCAGGAAGAUCAUUGACUGUGCUUCUUUCGCCACCUAUUGUUGUAUAUUCUCCAAGGGUAUUACCCGUAUAUGUUUAUGAUGCUCAUGCUGACUGUGCAAAAAAUGUUAGUCACUCAUUUCUUUUGCUUUACGGAAUUGCUUUGGCAACCGAGGGUUGGGGUGUCGUUGCUAGUCUGAAAAUCUAUCCUCCUUUUGCUGGAGCUGCUGUAUCUGCAAUUACUCUUGUUGUUGCCUUUAGUUUCGCUGUUUCUCGCCCAUGUCUCACGCUUAUGAUGAUGGAAGAUGCUCUACAUUUUCUGAGCAAGGAUACUGUUGUUCAAGCUAUAUCUCGCUCGGUUACCAAGACCAGGAAUGCCUUAAGCGGCACAUACUCCGCUCCCCAGCGUUCUGCUAGCUCAGCUGCUCUUCUGAUUGGAGAUCCCGCCAUUACACGGGAUAGGGCCGGAAAUUUUGUGCUUCCGAGAGCCGAUGUGUUAAAAUUGAGAGAUCGUCUGAGAAAUGAAGAAAUUGCAGCUGGUUCUUUUCUUUAUAGACUUAAAACCUGUUUUGCAUUUCGGCAUGAUUCCCCUGCGGAUGUAGAUUACAGAAGGAAAAUGUGUGCGCAUGCACGUAUUUUAGCUUUAGAGGAGGCGAUCGACACUGAGUGGGUGUAUAUGUGGGAUAAAUUCGGUGGUUAUUUGCUUCUUUUACUUGGUUUGACUGCCAAGGCUGAACAGAUACAAGAUGAGGUCCGCCUUAGGCUUUUCCUUGAUAGUAUAGGCCUGUCAGAUUUAAGUGCAAAGGAAAUCAAGAAAUGGAUGCCAGAAGAUCGGAGGCAAUUUGAGUUGAUCCAGGAAAGCUACAUAAGGGAAAAAGAGAUGGAAGAGGAGAUUUUGAUGCAAAGGCGGGAAGAGGAAGGGAAAGGAAAAGAAAGAAGGAAAGUUCUUUUGGAAAAAGAGGAACGCAAAUGGAAAGAGAUAGAGACUUCUUUAUUGUCCUCUAUGCCGAAUGUUGGAAACCGGGAUGCUGCAGCAAUGGCGGCUGCCGUUCGUGCUGUGGGUGGCGAUUCUGCAUUGGAUGAUUCUUUCGCGAGGGAACGGGUUUCCAAUAUUGCUCGUCGAAUACGAGCAGCGCAGUUGGCUCGUCGAGCUGAACAGACCGGCAUCCCAGGCGCAGUAUGUGUCCUUGAUGAUGAACCUAGAAGUACUGGAAGGCAUUGUGGAGAAAUCGAUCCUACUAUCUGUCGAACCCAAAAAAUCAGCUUUUCGAUCGCAGUCAUGGUGCAACCAGAAUCAGGUCCUGUUUGUCUUCUAGGAACUGAGUUUCAAAAGAAGGUUUGUUGGGAAAUCCUUGUGGCUGGUUCCGAACAAGGUAUUGAGGCCGGGCAGGUUGGCCUCCGCUUGGUUACAAAAGGUGAUAGACUGACUACUGUUGCUAAGGAGUGGAAUAUAGGCGCUUCGAGCAUCGCAGAUGGAAGGUGGCAUACUGUUACUAUAACUUUAGAUGCUGAUCUAGGUGAGGCAACUUCCUUCGUAGAUGGAGGGUUUGAUGGGUAUCAGGGUGCACUACCACUUCAAAGAAGUGGCAUAUGGGAACCUGGAACCGAUAUCUGGGUUGGCGCUCGACCACCAACUGAUUUAGAUGCUUUCGGACGGUCGGAUAGUGAAGGUGCGGAUUCCAAAAUGCAAAUAAUGGAUGCUUUCUUAUGGGGGAGAUGCCUGAGUGAGGAUGAGAUUGCUGCAUUUCAUGCUUCUACUAGUGCGGGAGAUUAUGGCUUGAUUGAUCUUGGGGAAGAUGGAUGGAAUGGAAUCGAUUCACCUUUGAGGGUGGAGGACUGGGGAAGUGAAGAAGCAGAAGUUGAAUUGUAUGAUAGGGAGGAUGUAGACUGGGACGGGCAAUACUCAAGUGGGCGAAAAAGGAGGUCGGGGCGCGAAGGAAUAGCUAUCGAUAUAGAUUCCUUUUCUAGAAAAUUGAGGAAACAGUGGUUUGAAUCACAAGAGGAAGUUAAUCAACGGAUGUUAUCUGUCGAAAGGGCUGUUAGAGAAGCCCUUUUAACAAAAGGGGAGACUCAGUUCACCGAUCAGGAGUUCCCUCCAAAUGAUCGAUCUUUAUAUGUUGAUCCAGGGAACCCGCCUCUAAAACUGCAGGUUGUUUCCGAGUGGACCAGGCCGAUUGAUAUUGUGAAAGAGUGUGGUGUUGGCUUUCAACCCUGCUUAUAUUCUGGUACUGUGAAUUCCUCGGAUGUUUGUCAGGGUAGGUUAGGUGACUGCUGGUUUUUAAGUGCUGUUGCCGUGCUAACUGAGGAGUCCCGUAUAUCAGAAGUUAUAAUCACUCCAGAGUUUAAUGAAGAGGGAAUUUACACUGUACGCUUCUGUAUUCAGGGUGAGUGGGUCCCUGUGGUAGUUGACGAUUGGAUUCCUUGCGAGUCCCCCGGGAAACCUGCAUUCGCCACUAGUAAGAAGCGCAACGAACUUUGGGUAUCUAUCCUCGAAAAGGCUUACGCCAAACUUCAUGGCUCUUAUGAAGCGUUAGAAGGCGGGCUUGUACAAGACGCCCUCGUCGAUUUAACCGGUGGGGCCGGAGAAGAGAUUGAUAUGAGGAGCGCUCAAGCUCAAAUUGAUUUGGCUAGCGGACGAUUAUGGUCCCAGAUGUUGCAUUUUAAGCAAGAAGGAUUUUUGCUCGGUGCGGGGAGCCCAUCUGGCUCUGAUGUGCACAUCUCAUCAAGCGGCAUCGUGCAAGGCCAUGCUUACUCGAUAUUGCAGGUUAGAGAAGUUGAUGGCCACAAGCUUGUUCAGAUCCGAAAUCCAUGGGCGAACGAGGUCGAGUGGAAUGGGCCUUGGUCAGACUCGUCGGCCGAGUGGACCGACCGAAUGAAGCAUAAGCUGAAGCAUGUUCCUCAGUCGAAGGACGGGAUAUUCUGGAUGUCAUGGCAAGACUUUCAGAUCCACUUCCGCUCUAUAUACAUAUGCCGUGUCUACCCGCCUGAGAUGCGCUAUACAAUCCACGGCCAGUGGCGGGGCUCUACUGCCGGCGGCUGCCAGGAUUACGAUUCAUGGCAUCAAAACCCGCAAUUCCGGCUUCGUGUAAUGGGCCCCGAUGCAUCACUUCCCGUUCACGUGUUUAUAACCCUAACCCAGGGUGUAAGUUUCUCCAGAAAGGCAAGCGGUUUCAGGAACUAUCAAUCGAGUCAUGAUUCGUCCAUGUUUUACAUCGGAAUGAGGAUACUUAAAACGAGGGGCCAUCGAGCUGCAUAUAAUAUCUAUUUGCAUGAAUCGGUCGGUGGAACGGAUUAUGUGAACUCGAGAGAAAUAUCGUGUGAACUAGUUUUGGAGCCCUAUCCGAAGGGAUAUACUAUAGUGCCGACGACUAUCCAACCCGGGGAAGAAGCGCCAUUUCUUUUAUCUGUUUUCACAAAAGCAGCAGUAAGGCUAGAAGCCAUUUAGUCCAGGAUUGAGCUACUUGAAGAAGCUAUUUUGUUUGCAGCUCUGCUUCGAUGCUGCUUCAGGGCUCGGAUCGCUCGGUUUCUGAGAGGGUUUCGCGUUGAGAAUGCCGCAAAAAAAAUGGUGGAAUGUUCAGAAUUACGUGGUAUCUCCUGGAUUUGACAUCAGCGGCACGGAACCUUCUGGAAGAUGCGAUGCAGCGAUUCCGCUGUUCUUCCACAGAAGCACCGAGACACCCAUUAAAGACACGUACUUGCCCGAAUAUCUCUCGCGAUGUUCUCAAUGCGGCUUCGUGCCGCUGGGUUUAGUAAGAGAAUGUAAAUAAGAGCGGCGGCUAAGUGAAAUUCGAAGCGCGAAGACGCCCAUCCGUGUAAAUAAUACAGCAAAAAAAUUGGAGAAGAGCAAUAGAUAGUGUUGUGUUCAUGUUUAUGUGAGCACAGUAAAUAGGGUUCUGCGGCAGGAAUGUUUUAUGUUCGAAAAUUCCUGCUGCAAUUUUGCAUAUCAGUGUGUAGUUAUGAUCCCCUCGAUUAGUAAAUUUUGUGUGUAAUGUAAUCUUUUCUCUGUAUUAUCAUUGAAUGGUGGCCUUAGAUUUUCUCUUUACACUUUAUUUAUCUCUUUGUUUUAGGUUAAACUACACUUUUUGGAAAGUCCUCGAAUUAUAAUUUUAAUCUUCAAAAUUUUAA